UGAUGACAAUGUGAAAACAAACCGUCAAACAGCCGGCUCAGUUGGUGAAUUCAAGUGGUGUGAUUCAGGAGGACAGACUGUGCAAAUCUCAGUCACAGUUUCUUUCCUUAUUAUUCAAAACUGUGCGAACCAAAAUUAACAAAAACAACUACUAGAUCGAAUGCAAAUUGGAUUUGUGUGAAUAACUGGUUGUGGUUGGCGUGAAUUAUUUUCACAUAGCAAAAUCAGCUGUUCUGUUAUCCCGUUUGAAAAUGGCGAAAGUUGCAACCGCCAACUAAAGUCUCUCGUCCAACUGAAUGGAAUUCAAAGACAUGGCUGACGACAUUGAGGAUUUGCUGCGUGAAGUGGAAGAGAAAUACCUGCCGAGGCCCCAAGAAAAGAAUCCCAGCAGCAGCAAUCCGAUGAAUCCAUCAAAGACCAGCAAUAAUCCGCCCGUCCAAACAGCAGAGAAACAACGCGAUCUAUCGGUGGCGCCCAAAACUACAACUAGAGCUCAUUCUUCUGACAUUGUAUGUCGCGAACUGGAAGAUGAGCUGUCGGAUUUACUGGACGAGGCCGGUGGGUUGUCGGACGCGGCCGCGGUCGGAUUGCGUUGCAAGCGCAGCCCACGCCGCAGUGCCAGCGCACGGGAAUUGAUGGUUGGAAAAUCUUUUACAUCGUCCGUGAUGGAUCCGCCGGGCGUUAGCAAAUUUCAGAACCAUCACGCGACAGCUGAGAAACGCCAAGAAUUCGCCAAUAAGGUGAGCGCUGCUGUCGACGCUGCCGCUUCGAACAAAUUGUCGCUGACGGGAGGAGUGCGGUCGGCCCCGCCGUUCGUUCACCAUCACAUCAACGUCAGUGGGUCACGCACCACUCACGUUUCAAUCGACGCCGUCGUCGUUGAGAAACAAAAAUGUUAUCCCAUUUACGUCAGUGGCGUCAUCGACAGCAUCGACAACAGCCAAAGCGUCAGGGUGUGCAGCAGUUUGCGGUGCACCGGCUGUGACUUUCGCGUGAGUCAAUUCGCGCAUUACCGUUGGCGACCCGGGACGGAUUACCUUUUCUUACGCAACAACAUGCCGGAAUUCGACCGAGUGCGCGUCAAACUCUCGACGGCCAAAUUCUGCCGCGCUUACGCCUGUCAAUGCAAAUUUGUCACCGUCAAAGAUUUGGUCGACCUCACCAAAUUAGGCCCGGAUUUCGCUUCGACAUGGAUCUGCCUGGGCCAUUAGAUGAGCACAAUCUUAUAUUUCAAUGCGGCAUUUUUGAAAAUGGCAGGAUCUAUUUUGCUUUUUCAGAUUAAUAUUUUGAAUUCAAAAUCUUAAUGCCUUAAGGAAAUCUUUUUUUACAAAUUUAAAGAAAAAGGAAUCAUUUCGUUUGUUACGUUAAGAAAUAGAUCCUCAACCCUUUAGCAAAAUGCCGCCAACUGAUUGUUAUACAUGCACAGAUGAAAACUGAAUAUUUGGAUAGGAAUUGCACAUAGACUCUCAUCUCGUAAUAUCCAGCACAAUAAUAAUGGCCGAUAUUCUGCUGUACGUACAAGAGAUCCAAGUCAAAUACAAUCGACACGUCACUCAA